AUGUCUAACGAAAUUAUUUUAGAAACAGUAAGGGAAUUGCUUCCUGAUAUUGAGAAAGAGAUCAGAGAACAAGUUAAUUAAGAAUUGCAAAUUGAAUAUUAAUAUAAAUUUCAAUAAGAAAUAGAUUCCUUAGCUUUAUUUAAUGAAGAAUAAAUAAGAGCUGAAUUAGAAUAGCAAAUUAGAAUAGACUAUGAAUAAUAGAAGGAACAGUUGGCAUAAGAUGUAAUUCGUGAAUUUGAUGAUUCCCUUUAAAGAGGCUAAUUAGAACAAUAAUUAAGAUUCAAAAUAUAGGAGGAGCUAGAGGAGUAAAUAAAUGAAGAAGUGUAAAAAAAAUCAAAAUAACUCAAAUUGUAAUAUAAGAAAAGGAUUGAAUAAGAAAAAAAUCAAUUACAAAAAGAUUUUGAGUAAGAAUGGAAACAAAGAGUUGAUGCAGAAAAAAAAAGAUUGGAAAGAGAAAAAAGUGAAAUCGCAAGAUUGAAAUCAGUUGAGUAUGUAAAACUUAAAAAAUUGCAGGAUGAAUAAAAAAAGCAUAGUUCAUUGUUGAAAGAACAAGAAACAAAAUAUUAAGAUAUUAUGAAAUCACUUCAAAAAUAAAUUUAAGAACUCACAUAAUAAUUAGAAUCAGCCUUGUAAGAUUAAAUUACUAAAGAAAAAUUACAAAACUAGUCAGAAAAUUUUGAUAUCUUAAACUUGGAUAAAUAGAUGAAUAUUCCAUUUUCAAAAUAAGAUCAGAUCUAUAACUAAAAAUCAAUUCCAAUUUACUAACACAAACAAAUCACUGAAGAGGAAUGUUAAGAAUCAUAAUAAACCUCAGUUAAUUUAAAUAAUUGCAAGCAACAAUAGAAUUAAAGAGCAAAUCAAUAGCAAAAUUCAAAAAAUUAAAAGUAUCUAAAAAAGAAAUAGCCUACUUAAUAUGAAAAUUAAUUAGAAAAAGGGAUUAAAUAAUAAAAAGGCAAUAUGGAAAUAUAAAAACCUUAAGUUUGGGACUAAGAAAAUAAUUAAAGACAGAUGAAUAGAAUAGAUAAAAUCAUUAAAGAAUAUGAUGAAAUUCCAGCUUAAAAAGAAUAAUUCAUGAGCUACAACAGUUUGUUUAAAGAAAAUGAUCUUGAUAAUUCUAAAAAUAAAUAAAUGAAAUAAUUAAGAUAAAAAGUUGCAGAAGAUCAAGAAAAAGAUUAAAGGCUUCAAACAAAAUAUUUGGGAUUAUAAAUCAACAUUAUGAAUGAUUUUAUUGUUAAUUAUGUUGAGUAUCCUGAAUAUCAUUAAGUUAAAAUGUUGCUUUAGGAUAUUAUUGAAUUAUUUAACUAAUGGAUGAUUAGUUAUUAAGAGAGAAUUGAAUUUUUCAAAAGGAUUAAGUAGAUUGCAAAUUCGAAUUUUAGAGAUAUUAUCCCAUUUUUACAAACCUAAAUUCAUAAAUUUAAAUUGAUUUAAAAUUACUAUUCUGAUUUUCAAUAACGAUUCAAUCUUAAGAAUUAAAUAAUGGCCAAUUAUAGUUAAUUUAAUAAAUGCAAAUAUUUAUUUGAAUAAAUAAAUUAAUUAAAUUUAAAAUCAAUUAAUUUAUCAGUUUUAGGAUGUGACUUUUAAGAAAUGGUGCAACUUGACUAAUGGGAAAAGGAUUUUUUAGAAAGAGAAGAACUAAAAUCUUAAAUAUUAUGUAAAAUAUAAUCGAAAUUAAUAUGA